UUGUUCAGUUCAACCAAAAGGUUUGUUCGCGUGAAAAUCGCUCAAUUUUUUUUAAUUAAAACAUUUCAGAGAAAGAAUUUUCAAUUAAAUUUUCAACAUAUACCAAAUAUUUGAGUGCCAAAAAAUAAUGGAAUAGUAAUAAAAUGCAGUCAGAGAUUGAAAUAAAUUUCGAUAAAUUAAAUGUAAAAAUCAUCGCAUAUUUUCAAAACAAUGAUGAAUCAUUACUCGGAGCCAAAGAGCUUUUUGCACCGUUUAUUGAAUCCACCCGGCGACUUGAAGCUGUUACAAACAUUCAACAGCUGUUAAAGCUCUUGCAGCAUAGGGGACUGUAUUCAAAAAUCGAAUAUAAUACGUUUAGAAUAUUUGAGAAAAUUAUUGAUGAUGAAAGUUACUCAAAUCUCGUUGCCAAACAGAAAGAACUCUGCAAAAAGUAUCCAGAUCCGGUACCAGUUAAAAAAUAUGCAGGAGAUCCCAAAGGCUUAACAGAUAGACGGAUGGUCCCAGUUCCAACAAAUCAAAUACCAUCCCCAAACAUACUAAAUACAAGAAAACCAGCGCCAAUACCCGAAAACAAAAUACCGAUUCCCAAAGAUGAAGAUAUGCGAAAUGAUAUCUUCAAUAUAAUUGCAAACGGAGUAUCGUUGGAUGUCUUUCGUCGUUUAGCGCGGCACUUAGACUUUACAAAAGAAGAGAUCAAGGAUAUUGAGCUUCGGCAUAAUGAUUUUCGUACCCAAAAUUUAGUAUUAUUGAGGAUGUAUGAAACAAGGAGGAACUCAUUGACGAGACUACUUAAAGUUCUCAAUUUAAUUGAAAAGCCUGACUUGGUGAGAGAAAUAACUGAAGUUCUGAGAAAAUACAGUCUAGAUAAUAACUUUAACAAUUUGUCAAUUUAGUUCCAAACUUUUUUAAUUAAAAUUAUAGUUGAAAGUUGGUCUUUAACAUUUUUAAAAUAUUCUCGCAAAAAAAGGCAAACUCAGAAAUAAUUUUCAAAUUAAUAUUUUAUGUCAAUACAAAUUCAAUUCCGCUACCGCUCAGCAUAAACAUAAAUGAAUUUUUUUUAAUCAAUUGCGGAGUACAAAACAGGAUGGAUUGAGUUAUUUAUUUUAUAAACAUACUUUCAGAAAACCAAUUAAAUUUAUUUCAUUUUUCCUUUCGUCUCUAUUUCAUUCAUGAUUUUUUUUAUUGGCUGAUUCCCGAGCGGCACAAAGGCUCCAUUUGCCUUCCAUAUGGAAGCUAUACGGAGCCUCCAUGUUCCACCCUCCAUUUGAAAAUCUUCCGAAAACCUUACUAUCAUGGAACUUUGACGGAGCCAAAGCUCCGAAAAUCUUCCGUGGGACGUGCAUUUAUUAACACCAAAUGGAAGUCAUACGGAGGUUUUGAUGGAGGAUGGAGGAUCCAUUUGUGGUAGUCAAACGGAGGUUUAAUGGAAGUUUUUUUUCAAAGGAUUUUUGGUACGAUUUUCCACGUGUUUUCUAUGUUUCGCAAUUUUUAUAUCAAGAUUUGUAGCUGUAUUAGUGGACUUAAUUAAAGUACACUAACACCAUUGAAAAAUUUACAACUUAAUUUAAUUAAGUCGCAACCACAGCAAUUUCUAAGUCUCGAUCACACGCGUGAGAAACAUAAGAAAUUAUUAAAAAUUUUCAUACAAAUUAAACGACCGCAUAUAAUAGUGAUUUCUGCAUGCACUUGUGAAGUAUGUAAUUUCAUACAAAAUCACAAAAAAUUAUCCUUUUUUGCUUUUUUAAAGCUUGAAAUGAAGCAAUAUGAUUCAGUAAAGCUUUUCGACAAUAUUUCAAUCCAUUACAGUAAGAUCUGACCUCUGUCUUUUAAAAAUUCAAAAGCACGAGUUUUUCGGUAUUUGAUUUAAGAAAAAGCGGAGUUCAUAUGGAAUCCAAAUGGAAUCAAUAUGAAGGAUGAAAAAAUAACCCUCCAUUUACUUCCCACAUAGUGGAGGUGGCUUUCAUAUGGAUUCCAUAUGGAGACCACCCUCCACCUUGUGCCGCUCGGGAUUGACUCAAUGAUAAGCUUAAACUGCCAGUUUCAUUUUUUUUUUUGAUUAAAAUAAAGUGAAAUGAAGUUGAAAUCAAUAUUAAAAUUCAUGUUUUAUUUUCAAUUUAUUUACUAGGAUACGGUUUUCAUGUGUUUAAAAUCUGGUUGUUUAAUGAGAACUUAAAAUUUAAAAAUCUAACGGUAAUGAUUUUUUUGAAUUUUGAUACUUUUUUUCCGCUAUU